UGAACGUCACAUGAUCAUGGUGUCACAUGACUUUGUUUUUGGCGAAAAUGACAGCUAGCAUUACAACAUAUGCGGUAUCUACAGUGUAUUUAUGUACUGUUUUAUUUGUUUUAUUCAAUGCAUAUGUCGACAGUCAGUAUAUUGAUGUACAGUUAUGUCAAAUGUGCGAAGGGACUGUACGACAAGACAGUCCUGUCUGGGAUUUCUGCCUUAAAAAGGGCCAGAUUAAAGGACGCUGCUGUUUUGAAAACAAUACCAGCAAUAUAGACACCAUUAUAGGGUUGGACCUGUCAAACUGCUCUAUCAGUCAUGUAGAGCACCUGUAUAAUUCAUUCACAGCAGUCAUAAUAGAUCUCUCCAACAACCCGAUCACCAAUCUGAGCGAUUUCGUAUUUCAGGGUUUCAGCCAUCUUACCCAAUUAUUACUACCCUCAAAACUGGAGUGUCCGGGGGGCAAUGCAUCAUGGGAGACGGUUGAAGUGAAAAACAAUGCCAGAAUCUGCGAAGGACAGAAAAAUGUUUGCAAUCAGACGGCACUGAUGCCCUGGAAUUGCCCUGAAAACUCAUUCUGCAGCCCAUAUGGUCCAGGGUUCUUUGAGUGUGGUUGUCUCCAUAAUUUCCAUGGAUACAAGUGCAUGAGACAGGGAGAGUUCCCCAUAGGUAAGGUGCUUGGGAUACUCACCGGAUCAACAGUUGUAGUUUCAUCGUUACUCUGGUUUACACAAAGACGAAAGGUCGAGACCACUUGAAUUUUAAAGAGAAGUAACAAAGGUGCACAAGCCACAAAAUGCAUCAAGCUUAUUAAAAAUGAUGCAAGAGAAGAGAUGAGAACAGUUUCAUACUCUGGAAGCUUAACCAUCGGAUGAACAUUUUACUUUGUUUUUUAAACUUGUCAAAAGCAGGUUUGCAUGGCAUUCUUUCCUUU